AUGGCGUACCUCAAGGAAGCAUUUUGGGACCCUUGCUGUUUAGCAUAUAUGUCAAUGAUGUCAACUAGUAAGUGCCCUACUGAAAGUUAUGUGGAUGACACAAAAAUGUACAUGUGCUUUUCAGACAAAGAGUGCGACUCAACUAUGUUGUUUAUAAAUGAAGAUCUCGAGAGAAUCCGAAAUUGGUGCUUCCAAAAUCUUUUACUAAUAUACCCAGGUAAAACUCAACUAAUGGUUUACGGAAGCAGACGGAUGGUCGCCAAACUACCAAAAUGUUUUCAACUCUCCUUACUGGGCAAAACACUUUCUCCAAAUGAAUCGAUAAAGGACCUGGGUGUAACUUUUGAUUGCAAUCUCAAUUUUAAUGAACACAUCAUUAAAGUGUCAGCUCAAUGCAUGUCUGCCCUAGGACAAAUUAACCGAGUUAAGCAUGUCUUUAAUGAAGAAUUACUUAUUACAAUCAUUAAUUCACUGGUGUUUAGUAAACUCUCCUAUUGCUCAUCUGUCUGGUCCACGACAUCCGAGGGAAACAUUAAGAAACUUCAGUCGGUACAGAAUUUUGCGGCACGUAUCAUUGGCGAACUCCGGAAGUAUGAUCACGUGCCCCAAUCCUAA